UCAAUGCUGCAGUCAGUCUAGUCCUCAAGCCACCUGAGCAGUCGUAUCUGAUACCAUAACUAAAAUCCGAAACAACCACAUACACCUCCUCGGCAAGACAACAAUACACCACCACUCGCGGAUUCAUUGGACUUCACAAACACUGAAUUUUAGAUCUUCCCAAAAAUGGACAGGUUCCCACUUAUCUGAGCGAGCCAGAAAGUUAGAAAGAUCAAAAUUUUGUUUCUUUCUGGUCAUUUACUUCUGGUAACAUGACGAAUGUGUGCUGUGGUGCUAUUAACAGCUCAUUUUCCUUUAUUGUUUCUAUUCCUUCUUUUUCUCUAUAAUAGGGAGAGAACCCAAGUUGCUUUGGUUUCAAGUAGAAUCCACUGACAAAAAAAAAUCCAAUCUUUUUGCAUAUAUAAUGGCUAAAAUUCCUUACCUGUUAUUCUCUGAUGGUAACUGCUUCAUCUAAUCCACCCUUCUCUUCCUCUAUUUCAGACCCUAAAAACCGUUUUCUUCCAACUGUCGUUGUGAUUUGUAUUUUUGUUUCAGUUAUGUUUCCUUCUAAGUUCUACGUUUAAAAAAAACUAAGGCCUCAUCCAGUUGUGAGUUGCUCAAAUGGUCAUUUGGUGUCAGCAAGAAGAGUGAAUCCGAGAUUUGAAUGUUUGCAGGGAUCCUGGGGAUCUGAUUUGCUUGAGAAGUAAGGAGGGAGAUGGAACCUCCAACUGGGUUUCUGGCUACUUUGUGGAACUUUAUCUGUUUUCUACCUUACUUUAUUGGGCUUCUUAUUCUUGGCACUCUUAAAGGUAUUGUCUUGUGUCCAUUUAUAUGCCUUAUCAUUGGAAUUGGAAACACAGCUAUCAUAUUGGGUCUUUGGCCAAUUCACUUUGUCUGGACCUAUUAUUGUAUCUUCAGUGCUAAACAAUUUGGGCCAGUUCUGAAGAUUGUUUCCUGCAUAAGUAUAUUACCUCUCCAAUUGAUCUUGUGGCCUGUGGUUGGAAUUGUUGGAAGUAUUUUGGGUGGAGCAGCAUAUGGCUUACUUUCACCAGUAUUUGAAACUUUUCAAGCUGUUGGAGAAGGGAAGACCAAUCAGUUGUACCACUGCUUGUACGAUGGAACUGUGAGCACGGUGAAGGGGAGCUUCACUAUUGUGAGGGAUUUUAGGGAUGUCUGUUACCAUACAUACUUCUCAGUUAUGGAUGACAUAAAAACUCAAGGUCAUCCAGAUUCAAAAUAUUAUGAAAUCAAGUUGCUUUAUCUUCCUGGGGCUGUUCUAGCAGGGGUCCUUGGUUUCAUGGUUGAUAUGCCAUUGAUCUCAUUUAUUGCCCUGUGCAAAAGCCUGUACAUGCUAUUUAAGGGGUGGCACCGUUUGUUUCAUGACCUUAUUGGUCGGGAGGGCCCCUUUUUGGAAACAAUCUGUGUUCCAUUUGCAGGUCUUGCUAUCCUAGUCUGGCCAUUAGCUGUUGUUGGGGCAGUUUUGGGAUCUAUGGUGGCCAGUAUAUUUCUUGGCGCUUAUGCUGGAGUGGUAGUUUAUCAGGAGUCGUCACUUUAUAUGGGGCUUCGCUAUAUUGUUACAUCCUUAGCCAUUUACGAUGAGUACAGCAAUGAUAUCCUUGACAUGCCUGAAGGGUCCUGCUUUCCAAGGCUGACCUACCGAAAGAAGGCUGAAUUGCUUCGGACUACCUCUCGCGCACCUUCUUUCUCAAAGCAUAGAUCUUUGAGAACUGCUCCCUCAUUCAAUUCCCCUAUGGUUGAGUUGAAGGCCCUUGAGGUAAUGGAUGGCUUAUUUAAGGAAUGCAAGCGAUACGGAGAAAUCCUUGUUUCUGAAGGACAUAUAACAUUUCAAGACCUUGAAGAUGCCAAGUCUAGUAGAGGCAGUAGAGUUAUUAGCACUGGCUUGCCAGCUUGUUGCCUUCUUCAGACACUCCUGCGAUCUGCAAAAGCCAAUUCGGCUGGUAUAUUGUUAAUUGACAACUGUACUGAGAUAACCAGCUCAAACAGACCAAAAGACACAUUCUUUGAUUGGUUUCUCAACCCUCUCUUGAUCAUCAAAGAUCAGAUCCAAGCAGAAAAGCUUACUGGGUCAGAAGAGUUGUACCUUGGCAAAUUAGUUUUAUUGAGUGGUGAUUCUGUGAGGUUGAAAAACUCAAACAUCGGCAUACCACCCGAGUCCGAGCGUAAACAGGCUGAACUUGAUGCAUUGGCUCGAAGGCUCCAAGGUAUCACCAAAUCAAUCUCAAGGUAUCCAACUUAUAGGCGUCGGUUUGAGGAGCUUGUCAAAUCCUUAUCUGAUGAACUUGGCCAGAAUAGUGACGGUAGUAGCAAAUCAAGCGGUGGACCUAAAACAGUUUUAAGAUCAAAGAGCGCCUUCGCCCGGUUGUUCAGUCAGAAAUCUUUUAGUUUAACAAACAAAACAAGCUAUCACGGGGGUGAUCCAGAGUCACAAAAAGGUGAAAGAGAUGUUACAAUUGCAUAGUGAAAUGCUCUACUUAAGCCAUAUUGAUCUUUAGGUAUUAGCGUUGUUCAUUCCACAACGUUACCUUGUUCAAAAUUGGGACGGGGAAUUUGAUAUGUAUAUUAUUUCAUUGUGCUGUAUACAAAAUAUAUAAUAAUCACUGUAAGCAGAAUAUCAGAUACGAUCAUUUGAUAUGAUUAAACAGCUGUAAAUUUUUCAUUUGAAAUUCAUUUUCCUCUU